UGGGAUUAGAAUGGUGCUACUUGCCUGCAGUCGCUCCUGAAGUUUCCUGGCUAAAAAGUUCUGUCAGUGAUUCUUUUUCAACUCUCUAGCCUUUUCUGUAAGCGGGCACCAGUUCAGUACGACCUUUAUUUGUUGUUACAUAAUUCUAAUGACAUGCUAGCUGGGCCAGUUUUGCAAUGAGUUCUCAACGGGAGCAAGAUUCACACUCACCUAGACUGGAGGCUGUCAUUCAGAAGUUGGAGGAGUCCCUGCUUCACUCUGAUGGCAGCUCAGGAGAGAGGACUCUGACACUUCGAGGUGAUGGACAGGAGUCCGGUGUCACGCCUACGCCUGUCUCCACCCACAUCUGCCAGAUCAUCACCCGCAACCUGGCAGAGCAGCCAGCCGGUGAGAGCUCUGAGGUCAGCGAGCUGGAGGAAAGCAGGGCCCUGAGGGAACAGCUGUCUCUGAGCCAGAUGGACCGUGACCAGUCGCUAGUUAAACAGGCCAGUCUCACAGACAAGCUCGAUCAGAUGCUGAUGCUGCGACCAGCAGUGGACUCAGACCAGGACAGUGUACCAGGAUCCCUGCAAUUUCAGAACAAGGAGAGAGCUUACAGGCAAAAACUGCAGAUCUACCAGGAGGCCCAGCAGAGACAAGCCCAAUUUGUUCAGAAGCUUCAGACCAAGGUUCUUCAGUACAAGAAGAGGUGUGGGGGACUAGAAGAGCAGGUGCUGGAGAAGACCUCAGAGUCUGAGAAGAUGAGAUUGUUGCUGCAGGCCCACCUGGACACAGCCCAGCGUCAGCAGCGGACAGAGCAGGAUCUCAACUUGGCUAUCCAGAAUAAGUCUGCUCAGCUGGAGGAGGAGCAGAAGAGGUGUGCCAGCCUCAGCCAAGUCAACUGUAUGCUGCGGGAACAACUGGAGCAGGCAGGCACUGUCAACCGUGGGCUAACAGAGAGCUUGUGGAAGGCUCGCGAAGACGUUGAGUUGUGUGAUACCCGUCUGCGCAGAGAGCAAGAGCAGACGUGCGCCUCCCGGCUGUGUCGUGAACAGGCUCGUGUCAGAGCACUGUGGCGCCAGGCCGCUUCCCUGCGGAGCACUUUCACCCAGCUAAGGACUUUCACUGACAGGACUUUGUCUGAUAUGCGUGGGGAGUGUGUCGCUGCCAGCCAGCAGCUGCAUGUUGCCUGCAUGAACUUAGAGGCCAAAGUAACACAGGAGAGCACCUCUAGUGGUGUGGAUAUGUCAGCACUGGAGAGGCAGCUGAAGGACAAGCUGAAAGAGGCCAUGCAGAUUCAGGGUCAUUGGGAUGCAGAGAAAGUCGAACUUAACUCCAGAAUCCUGGAGCUGACUGACACGGUGAAGCACCUCCGCAGCCAGAACAGUGAGAAGGAUGCCAGCCUCAACACUAUGCAGAGCAGUCUGGACAGGAUGGAGACGAGGAGAACAGAGGAUAAAGCAGAGAUGGAAGUCCUCCACACAGAGAUCCAUGCCCUCCAAAAGAUUGUAUGCCAUGUUCACCAGUUAGUUGGUGGUGAGGGUGAUAGCAGUGGCUCUGAAAGUGUGUCCUCCUCACCUCUUCAUGGCUGGUCUCCUCUGAGGAACACUACGCUGAUGGCUCUGCAGAGUGCUCUCACCAAGCACCAGAAACAAACACAGGACCUGCAUGGGCGUCUGGAUGCUGCCCAGGAGCAAGUGGACACACUGCGUGAUCACCUGCAGGAGAGGGACACUGAGAGGAGAGAGCUGGAGCAUAAAAUCCAGGAAGUAAGGAGGGAAAAUCAGGAGGCUAAAAAAGCUCUGGAGGAAAGCCUCAGAGACAGCAACAGAUAUCGCUGCUCAUUGGAGCUCAUCUCCAGUGAGAAGGGCAGCCUGGAGAAGCUGCUGUCAGGGCUGCAGCAGGAGGUGGACUCCCAGCGUGCCGAGCUGGAGGUACUGCGGGGCUCAUCACUGGAGCUCCAGAGACAGCGGGACCUCCUGAGGCAGCAGAGGGAGGAUCUGGAGAUGCAGCUGGCACGCCAGCGCACAGAGGCCCAAAGAGGCGAGAGGAGUCUGGAGGAGCUUGAAGGGAAGCACUCAGAUCUGCGUAGGGAGCUUGUGACAGUGAAGGAGGCUCUGAGCCAAACCACCCUGAGGAAGGAGGUGUUGGAGGAUGAUAAGGCUAGCCUCGCUCUGGCUCUCAGCAAGAUGGAGUCCCAGAGUGCUGCACAUGAGUUAGCCUUCACCAAACUGCAGAAUCAGGAGGCUGCCCUAAAAGAUUCUCUGGCCAAAAUGGCUGCCCUGACCGAAGGCUUAGCCAAAGACAAGGUGGAACUCAAUCGUAUUCUGCUGCAGACAGAAGGUGAGAAGGCAGAGCUUGGUGAACGUAGACGGGAAGCUGAAAUGGAACGGGCAGCAGCCAGGGAGGAGACAGCACGGGUGCAACAGGAGAUGAUGAAUCUGCUCGCUGAGAAACAAGCCCUGGAGAGCUCCCACAGCCACUUGCAGGACCUCUGCCAGAAGCUCGAAGCAGAGCUGAGCCUGCUGCAGAAGGAGAACGCUCAGGCCCUGGAGCAGCACUCCCAGGUCAACAGGCAGAUGCAGAGUGUGUCAGAGGAGCUGUGUGCGUGCAGGAAGGAGCUUGAGACACAGACCACAGCCCUAAAGAGAGCUACCCAUGACAGGGAGGAGCUGGCCAAGGACAAGGCUGCUCUGGAUGUCAAGCUAAACUCCGCUGACCGAAAGGCCUGUGGUCUCACGCAGGAGCUGGUUGCACUUAGAGCAGAGAAGGAGUCCCUGGAGACGGCUCUGUUUGAAAGCCAGGAGCUUGCCUUGUCUCUGGAGGCCGAGUACACCAGGAUGGAGGGAGAGAGGCGUGGUGUGCUUCUGGCUAACGAGGCCUUGACGCAGAUUGGAUACAUCUGUCCAGGUGAUGGUGCUCGGAUGCGUGUGGAUGCUGAACGCCAGUUUGCACAAGCUGCACAAGAGCGGAGUAAGUUGGAAGAGAAGCUGGCCCAAGUGCAGAGGAAUGCCCUGCUGACCCUGAACAACAAAGAGCAAAUUCACAGAGAGCAGCUCGAAGCUGAACGCCGGCAAAAGGAACAGCAGUGUGCGGCGCUGACGGUUCAGCGGGAGCAGGCUGAGGAGCAGCUACGGAGACAGUGUGAGGAGCUGCGUGUGCACAGCCAUAGGGAGCUGCAGCAGGUGCAAGAGGAGCUGGCCAGGCUGCAGCAGGACUUCAACCAAAGCCUCCUGCAGGCUGAGAGUGAAAAGCAGCAGGCUUUGUCCCAGAAGGAGGUGGAGAAGGCUGCCCUCACGGAGAAGCUAGCAGCCCUGCAGCAGGACCUAGCCACGGCCGGCAUGGAGCUUGAGCACAUGCAGAGGGAGGCAUUUAGCAAACAGGAGCAGGAUAAGAAUGCAAUGGCUGUCCUUCAGUCUGAGCUGCAGGACUUGCAAACUCAAUUUGAAGAGUCUUUGAAAUCUCAUGAGAAUGCCAAGAAGAGUCUAACUGAUCAGGUCAGAGAGUUCAACCAACAGAGAGAACAUACACAAGAGGAGUUAGAGGGCCUUCGUCGGAAGCUGCAGGAGGCAGAGGAUGGACUUAUUAAAGGGCAAAGGGAGCUGAUUGAGGCUCACAGAGAGCUCCAGGAGUGUGCACAGGAUCGGGACAAGCAACGAAAAGAAGCCCUGGACCUGAGAAGGCUCUUGGGUGACGAGACCAGAGAGAAAGAGGCCAUCCAAACCUCUAACCAGGAGCUAAGAGCUUUCAUCAAGAGAGCAGAGAGUGACAACAGCAGUUUGAGAAGAGCUGUGGAGGAGAAGGAGCAGAAAGUGGCCGUCUUAGAGGAAUGUAGGAGUUCGAUGCACCAAGAGGCAACCACUCUACGGAGCAGUAUGAGAGAGCUGGAGAAGUCGCGCCUGCAGGCACGCAGAGAGCUGCAGGAGCUGCGCAGACAGAUAAAGGUCCUUGAAGGCGAGAACAGCCGUCAGAAACAGGAGCUGCGAGAGUUGCAGGCCCGGGUGUGUCAGGAGGAGCAGAAGGAGGAGGAGGCACGUCGCGAGGCUUUCACUCUCAAACAGAGAGUGCUGGAGUGCGAGGCUGGCAGAGAAGCAGCGCUGAAUGAGGUUGCAGGUCUGCAGCGCCGUGUGGUGGAACUGGAGACAGCGGAGCAUCGGAACCGAGAGCUGCUGCAGGAAAGAGAGGCUUAUCAGCAGCAGUGUGACCAGAGGCACAGUGAAACCACGGCCCAGCUGGGGGAAGCACUAGAAGACGCCAGGAUCCAGGUCAAGGAACUCUCUGUGCAGGUUGGCCUUGCUGAAAGCAAGGUCCAGGGCCUGGAAGAGCAGCUGGGCAUGGGCAAUGCCAAACGCAGGGACCUGGAGCUCAAGUUGGCGGAGUUGUAUUCAGCGCUGCGCCGCACUGUUGGCACCAGCCGUACAAGGCUUUCAGGCACUCCUGGGUCCCGUAGACGGUCUCCCUCUCCCUGGAGAAACCACCUGCAAGUAAAAGGGGGAGACGGUGUAACAGACGGAUCUGUGUUGUCCUUGUCUCGUGGUGAAGAUGAAAAACUGGAUGUGGACACAGCCCUACGGGAAUUCCAGCAGGAACUCAGGGACACACAGAGAGACAGGGAUGAAGCCAAGGUUCAGAUAGUUAGUCUGAGUCAGCAAGUGACAGAGCUCCAAGGCAGCCAGGAUAAGUCAGCAACCCAGCUCCUACAACUACAGAAGGCCUUAAAGCAGUCAGAGCAGGGAAAAAAAGAGAUGGCAGAAGGAUUGCACGAGGCGCAUACGUCCCUUUCCCUGCAGGAAGAAGUAGUACGUCGUACAGAGAAGGAGAAGAGAAACCUUGAGGAGGAGGUAGCUCAAUUCAGGACUAGUCUGCAAGCUGCUGAGGCUGAGUCCAGGGCACUGCAAGACAAGUUGGAGCUCUUGCAGGGCUUAGAAUGUCGUGGAAAUGUAGAACAACGGAAGCUGAAGGAGUCUCUGGAAGCAGCAGAGAACAGGGCGAGCCGUCUGGAGCUCUCCCAACGCACCCUUGAAGGUGAGCUACAGAGGGCCCAGCUCAGGGCAGCAGAGCUGGAUGCAGAGGCAGGGGCAUUGCAGGAAAGACUGACGGAGCUGAGGAGGAAGCUGGGUGAGAGUGAAGACCGAUGUGCAGCGCUGAGGGUCAGUGAGGAAAGGUUGGCCACGUCACUGGCUCGAGCUGAGCAGUAUGAGAGCCAGCUGAGAGAACAGAUCCACAAAUUGUCAAACACCCUCAGUGACAACAGGACCAGCAGCGGGGCCCUGCAGGAGCAGAUGACACAGCUGCAGAGGGCUCUGACUGCCAGUGAGCUGGACCGAAGACUGCUGCAGGAACGUCUGGAUAAAACACGAGAUGCCCUUUCAGAGAGUAAGAGGCUUAGCCACAAACUAACAGAGCAGACCCAGAACCUUCAAAGAGUUCAUGAGGACUUAGAGUUUAAAAAUUCUGAGCUGGAGAAACAUAACAGGACACUGAAGGAGAGCCUGAAGCAACAGCAGGAAGUUGAACUGCAGGCCCAGGAGAGCUCCCAGCAGCUCCAGCGAGAGAAGGAGGAACUCCAGGACAAGGUCACCAAUCUUCAGAGCUCUUUGCAAAAGCUACAGAGUGAGAGAGCAGAGAUGGGGAGGGUGCUGACACGCCUUGGUAAAGACAAGUCAGCACUCAGAAAGACACUGGAGAAGGUGGAGAUGGAGAGGCUGAGGAGGGAGGAGGAGGCAGCGUCGGCAGCCAGAGAGAGGGAGCAGUUGGGGCAGACAGUGCGCAGCCUGGAGCAGGAGCUGGCUGAAAAGCAGGAUGAGGUGCAGACUGUGCAGGCCCAGAUCUCGCAGUUGGAGCACUGUCAUGCACAGCGCCUCCUGGAGGUGACAGCCCGCCAUCACCAGGAGUUGGAUUUCGAGACGGAUCGUCUGAGAGACAGUCAGCUCCAAGCAGAGCGGGCCUUGGAGACCAGGGAGAAGGCCCAUCGUCAGAGGGUCAAAUGCCUGGAGGAACAGGUGCUGACUCUGAAAGAGCAGCUAGAUCAGGAGACAAGAAGACGACAGACCUAUUUCAAUCAGAUGCUACAACCUGGUGUGUAGGCAGAGACCCCGCAGUGACGUAUGUAGCACCUCUGGCUCCCUCAUUCACUGUUCCUCUGGCAGCUUCCCAACAGCAUUAUGUGACAAGCUACAUCCACAUUUGGAAGCACACGCACACACAAACACACUCCUAAGGCGUUUGCUCCCACCCAUGCACAUGUGCACACCGGAUUACAUUAAUCUGCAGGAAAACUCAACAACAACAAACAAUGAGUGUUUUGUUUAUAAGUGGACUGGAUGUGCCAAAUUGUUUUAAGGAUUUCCUCUGGCUCGCUACAGUUGGCGUUUCUAAGUCUGUUUAUGCUGUGUCAUUUUUUUAGGAAACAAUGUGAUGAACAGUUUCCUUGGUUGGUGCUUUAUUCUACUCUUAUAAUUGCUUGUAUACUCAUUUGUCAUAUUGAUCAUGUACCAAUUUUAUAUGUCAUAAUCAGUGUAUCCUAAUGAGAAUAUAUAUCCAAAUAUUUACAAUAAUUGUUUGCAGAUUUUCCUGGUGCUGUGACUUAUUAGUGUUUUAGGCUGUCAUAAAGAUUCUAUAGUGUAACUCAUUUAUUUUAUUAUGUAUUGUAUUUGACUCAGUCAAUAGUAGUGUGUGCAAAACGAUUGUUUUUAAUAAACUGGGUGUAUCAGAGCACAAUUAUACAAGA